AUGGCCACCAAUAACGCUUUACCACAAACUCAGAGGGCAUUGAAGAUUAUCGGGCCCAAUUCCGUGUCUGUAUUUCCAGAUGCACCUCUUCCGGAACUCGAGCCAACAGAUAUUCUUGUACGGGUUAUUUGCGUCUCCAUCAACCCAGUAGAUGGUAAGGCGGCAGACAUGUCACCACAACCUGGAGCAACUAGCGGCACGGAUUUCUCUGGUGUCGUCGUUGCUCUCGGCUUGGAUGUGGAAUCUGAUGAUUGGCGAAAACAAAACAACAUUAAGCCCGUGACGAUAGGAGAUCGUGUAUUUGGAGGAGUUUUUGGAAACGAUCCGCUCAGGCCACACAAUGGUGCGUUCGCUGAUUAUGUUGCUGUCCCAGCGCGACUUGUCUGGCAUAUUCCAAAGGGCAUAGACUUUGCAACAGCAGCGACGAUGGGUGCCGCAAUCGCCACAGUCGGGCUGUCGCUUUUCAACUACUUGGGACUUCCACUACCGUCCAAGUCGAGAGGUGACAACUCUUCCAGCACGAAACCAGCGGUUCUGGUGUAUGGUGGAGGCACGGGUACCGGUUCAAUGGCUAUCCAAGUUUUGAGGGAAGCUGGGUUGCCUGUCAUUACAACUUGUUCCGCCGCUUCUUCUGCACACGUUCUACAAUUGGGCGCAGAAGCUUGGUUCGAUUACAAGUCACCUACAUGUGGUGCUGACAUCCGUGAGCAUACUAACGACUCUCUCGCUUUUGCCCUGGAUUGUAUUACCGAUACAGCAUCAAUGGGAAUCUGCUACGAAUCGUUAGGCUCAGCAGGAGGACGAUAUGUUGCUCUGGACGCGUUUCCCGUGCGAGGCCAUACGCGUCGCAGCGUGAUACCUGAGUGGAUUUGUACACCUACACAAUUUGGCAAAGCCAUCCGCUGGACACCACCCUAUGAUCUUGAGCCACGGCCGUACGAUCUCAAGUGUGCCGAGCUCUGGUACGUAGUUGCUCAAAGAUUGAUUGAUGACGGGGUUAUUGCGCCUCAUCCGUUGGAGAAGAGAAAUGGCGGCCUGGCCGCGGUCCCAGAAGGUAUGGAAGCUGUGCGCAGAGGGCAAAUCAAAGGCAAGAAGAUAGUUUACACUAUUGUUGAUAGUGAGCCGGUUGCUGUGUCAGCUUGA